CAAAACAUUUGGCAUGAUUUUUGCAAAAAUAAGUAUUUUUCUAUUUCCGGUUAUUAAAUUGUUCUAUUUCAAUUUGGUAAAUUAUUAGUGCAAACACAAACUAUAUUUGUGCUGCAUACUUAUGUAUUUGUAGUGAUAAAAGUCCUGAAGCGAGUAAAAAAAUUUCAAAAAAGUUCAAAAUUGAGGAAACAGUACUUUUCACUUUUUGAGGAAAUAAUUAAAUGACAAUGCCAGAAUAUAAUUAACUGCAAAAUGAUAUUCUAGAUCAUCAUGUCGAGUCCAGUGUGCUUUCUCUGUUUCCAAUUCGUGGACAUAAUUCCGUCAUUGGAUGAUAAGGAAACUAGACAAAUACGAAUCUCAACCCUGUGCGAAGUGCUCUUAUCGUCAACUCAUACUCGCAGGAAAGUUACUCCACAAUUUGAUGAGGAUGAGACCUGUGAACUUUGUCCCGUUUGUGGCCGCGUGAUAAGCGAGAUGGAACAAUUCCGUGACCAAAUGUCCGCCCUGGAGGAACAAAUUGGGAUAAAAAUGACUAAAAUUCGCGAAAUUAUGCUAGCUUCUUCUGGGGAAAAUGGGGACGAUGGUGGGGACAAGGCUCACAAAUUGAGGAGAAGUAUACUUAAAAUGAUGGGAGAUAAUGACGACCAACAAGACGAAAAUUUUGCUCUGGAUGAAGUGCAAAUCAAAGUCGAACAGGAUGACGGAGAUGUGUUUCUGGGUGGGGAUGACGGAAGCUUUGACGAUCAUAAUUCCCCCUACGCCGUUUCCGAACUGAACAUGGUUCCCGUAGGUGACGAUGACUAUGACGAACUCGCCUUCUGCAUCAGUCCACACCCACAAAAGAGGAGAGGGGGACGCCCGAAAUCCACUGGAAAAAAUAAUCGAAAACGAACUAAACGAAAAAUUGGAAACGACUCUCCUCCCAUUUUCGAAAACCAAACGUCAAAAGAAGCAGUACGUCGCUCAACUCGCCCUAAGAAGACAGUUCUUCCUCCGAAAGGUUUUAAUAAAACGCUGACCGUGUCGCUAGAGCGGAUUAGCGUCCCCCCAGUUGCAAAAUCCAGCCCGAUUUCUUCCACUUCAUUAUCCCCAUUCAACGACGAUGACACCCAACAAGAUUACCUUCCUUUCGAUGAUCUCGACUUAUCGAAAGAACACCAGAAAACCAAGCCAACUCAUACAUGUCCCUCUUGUCCCAGAUCAUUCACCACCUCGUCCAUCCUGUCCAAUCACAUCGCCCGACAGCACUGCAUUCCUUGUCCCGAUCCGCAUUGCCACGCCGCAUUUAGCACGACUAAGGGGAGAGACGCCCACCGAAAGGUCGCCCACCCACAGGGAGUCGAAGGUCGAAAAAGUAAGGCGCAAAGUAUCCAACUGGCCGAACGGGUGAUCGACUUUUACAAAAACGAGGCCAACCAAGACUCCAAAAAGACCGUAACAUUUUUCCGGCAGCAAGGCGUUCCACGAAGCACUGUGUUCCGCUACCUGAAACGAUUCAAGGACGAGGGUAUCGUACAAUUCAAAAAGUUACCGGGUCGGAUCCCAAGGUCGGAACUUGACUCUAUUGUUCGCCCAUUUAAAUGUUCCUCCUGCUCGAAAUCAUUCACCCGACGGGAAACCCUUUCCGAACACAUCGCUCGUGAUCACACUCGGGUGAAGGAACAUGUUUGCGAAAUUUGCGGAAAAAAUUUCUACACCAUCCUCAGCCUAAGGAAGCAUCUGAGAGGGCAUGACGAAUCGAUCCGGUCUCGGUGUGAGACAUGUGGGGAAGACUUUCUGUAUGCAAGUAGUCUCCAGACUCACCAAGUUCGAGAGCAUGGUGCUGAUCGGGUGGUUUGCGAUGAGUGUGGAGCAACUUUCACCUCAACGAAGGGAUUAUGGGAACACAAGCGGACGCACACAGGAAUAAAGGCGUACAAAUGUGAUCAAUGUGACGCCGCAUUCUCGCAAAGGCAACAACUUCGGAAUCACCUCUUGUCCCACUCUGACCAGCGACCAUACCCCUGCCCCCACUGCGAACGAGCCUUCAAAACCGGGACCAAAUUACGUGCACACAUUAUGCGGAUCCACACCCCCGGCUAUGUCACCCCCACUCCGUGCAAAUGCUCCCAGUGUGGAAAAGGCUUCCAGUACCCGUACCUUCUGAAGGCGCACGUCCUCCAAGCCCACACGGGGGAGCGGCCCUUCACCUGCAGUCAGUGUGGAAAGGGGUUCGUUACCAAGUCCGCGUUGACCCUUCAUUUGCAGCGGACGCAUGGUAUUGGCGAAGCUGUGGUAAAAAAUAGGCAACCGAGGUCCAAGAGGGACACGUUUCACGUCGAAGGAGAUCCUUAAUUUGUAAAAUUCAGAUUUUAUAAAAUUAUAGAGAAAUUAGUUCCACAUAUUGUAUUUAUGAAUUAUUAAAUACAGAACUUGAUAAUAAAUA